AUGCUGCCCUCUUGUGGGAACAAAAGGCAUUACCACCCAGCGGUCCCAUCUGAACCCUCGCAGAAGAGCACACACGCGGUCCUACGCACAGUUAUCUGCAGCUACAACAUGUGUUUUCUCGGAGUGGAUGUUGGGACUUGGGGGGGGGGGGGGGGGGGCAAAAAAAAAAAAAAAAAAAAAAAAAAAAAACAGAAACCCGCCACGCAGAUCUGUCACCGCCUCCGGAACAAGGCACAACUCUCCCAGAGGGGGAUGCAUCCUGGGGAUUCGCGCGUCCGCCCGCAGCGAGCGGCAGCCGCUCGGGUCCCUUUCUCAACUCUGCUCCCCCUCUACGUCGGCGGGCUGAGCGCCCUCCUCCCGCUCCUCCUCCCCCGCCCUCCAGUCCCCCUCCCCGCCCCCCUCCCCAGCCUCGCUCGGAAACCCUCCCGGCCACCCGCUCCCUCGCAGGGCUCCGCGCGCUCCGCUCUGGUCCCCCCGCCUGUCCUGCCCCAGCCCCUGCGUCCCAGCUCAGGGAAAACUAACCCUGGGGCCGCCUGGAAGGGCAGGAGCAGGAGGCGCAGGGGGCCGGCGGGCCCGGCCCGGGGUCCCUGCCCCUGCCCCCCUCCGACUCCCCAACAGGUAGCUCCCAAACGGGCCGCGCGCUCUCACUCGACCGCCCACGAUCUCUAGAUCGCUCGCUCGCUCGCUCGCUCGCUCGCUCGCUCCGUCCCGGUUACCUGGGCGGGCUCCAGGACGGUGCCGCACGGGAGGGCUCCUUGUGCGCUGCGCCUCGAGAGUAAAUGGCAUUAAAGAAAAAGGGAAAGAUAACAAAUAAAAUAAAAUAAAAAAAAUCCUCAAAGCAAGGGGAGUCGAUGCUAGGUCAAUUAGCACCACCCCGGGGAGCAAGGGAGCGGAACCCCUCCACCCCCCCGCAAUGCCCAGGCA